CGCAGCGAGGACGAGAACACGUCGUCCUUGUUCCACUUCACGUCCAAGGUGCGCUCCAUGAAGCACGGCAUUGCCAGCAGAAAGCUGACCCCGCUCGAGAAGAAGUAUCUGCUGGCGGCCGAGCAUGGUGACAUACCCACCGUCACGAGGAUACUAAACCUGGCCAAGACGCGUGCCGACCUGCUCGAGCUGGACAUCAACUGCGCCGACUCGCUGGGUCGCACCGCGGUGCACAUGGCCAUCGAGAACGAAAACUUGCCGCUACUCGAGACGUUGCUCGCUGCCAGCGUCGAGGUUCAGGACAGCCUGCUGCACGCCAUCAACGCCGAGUACGUCGAGGCAGUCGAGCUGCUCCUCGACUACGAGGAGAACACCCACGUCGAAGGCGAGCGAUACAACUGGGAGAAAGUGAACUCGGCCACGUCCACAUUCAACCCGGAGAUCACGCCGCUCAUCCUGGCGGCGCACCGCAACAACUACGAGAUCCUCAAGCUGCUGCUCGACCGCGGCGCCACGCUGCCCAUGCCGCACGACGUGCGCUGCGGCUGCGACGAGUGCGGCCUGGCGGUGCGCCGCGACUGCCUGCGCCACUCGCGCUCGCGCAUCAACGCCUUCCGCGCCCUCUCCUCGCCUUCGCUCAUCUGCCUCUCCAGCGUGGACCCCAUCCUCACCGCGUUCGAGCUCAGCCUCGAGCUCAAGCGGCUCAGCUACGUCGAGAACGAGUUCAAGGUGGAAUACAAGAAGCUUCAGCGUCAAUGCCAGGACUUCGCUACGUCCCUCCUGGACCACAUCCGCACGUCAGCAGAACUUGCCUGCAUAAUGAACCAUCGAGCGAAGGCGAGAGAAGACGAAGAGGAGGACAACAUGUCCCUCGCAAGGCUCGAGCUCGCAAUCGAGCACCAGCAGAAAAAGUUCGUGGCGCACCCCAACGUGCAGCAACAGAUGAGCACACUGUGGUAUGAUGGCCUGCCCGGAUUCCGGAGAAAGAGCAUCUUCUCCCAGUGCCUGCAGAUUGUCAAGAUUGGUGUGGCUUUUCCCUUCUAUUCGGCCAUGUACAUAUUCUUUCCGCGCAGCCGGAUGGGCAGGGUCGUAAAGAAGCCAUUCGUCAAGUUCAUCUCGAACGCCUUCUCGUACCUCCUUUUCCUGCUUCUUCUUAUACUUGCAUCUCAAAGGGUGAACUUGGAAGACCUGCACUCUCAUUUCCAAGGCGGCGUAGUUACGAAACAAAAACAGCGAGGCCUGCCGCCUUCCUUCGUCGAAGUGGCCAUCCUGACCUUCGUUAUUGCUCACAUAUUGGAAGAGGCGACCGAGAUCUGGUCGAUAGGGAUGGCCCGCUACCUCAAGGACAGCUGGAAUAUGCUAGAUGCGAUACGGAAUACCAUGUACGUCGCUGCCACGUUGCUGCGCGUGGUGGCCUACAUUAAGGAGACACAAGAAAUAGGCGAGCAGCCACUGCUUGCCUUCCUUCCGAGGGAAGAAUGGGACCCGUUUGAUCCUAUGCUGAUCGCAGAUGGCCUGUUCGCUGCAGGAAACGUCUUCUCAGCCCUGCGCCUGGUGCAUCUGUUCUCCAUGAACCCCCACCUAGGCCCCCUGCAGAUCUCGCUGGGCCGGAUGGUGAUUGACAUCGUCCAGUUUUUCUUCAUCUACACCUUAGUGCUGUUCUCGUUCGCCUGCGGCCUCAACCAACUGCUCUGGUACUACGCAGACCUGGAGCAGACCAACUGCGACCCGAACAACAUCAGGGACUCCUCCUGUCUCACGUGGCGACGCUUCUCCAACCUGUUCGAAUCGUCGCAGUCCCUCUUCUGGGCCAGCUUCGGUCUGGUCGACCUCUCAAACUUCGAGCUUACGGGCAUCAAGAGCUAUACACGGUUCUGGGGCCUUCUCAUGUUCGGAUCGUACAGUGUCAUCAACAUUGUCGUCCUCCUGAACCUGCUCAUUGCCAUGAUGAGCAACUCCUACCAACGAAUAUCGGAACGCGCAGACACUGAAUGGAAGUUUGGCCGCGCCAAACUGAUUCUCAAGUACUUCCAGCCAGGUCAGACACUGCCACCCCCCUUCAACUUGUUGGAGUUCAUUCGCCAUAUCACCAAGCGAAUCGGCUGCAAGAUGCCCAAAAGGAAGGACAAGAUUUAUUUGGAAGAGAAUGGUCUGCCUACGAAGAAAGAAGACCUGACAUAUCAGGACGUGAUGAAGAGCCUCGUGUGGCGUUACGUCACCAGCGAACAGAGCAAGAAUGAGCAGGCGCCCGUUACGGAAGACGACGUGAACGAGCUCAAACAGCAGAUCACCUCGUUCCGGUACGACCUGCUCGACGUGCUCAAGGAUAACGGCAUGAAGAUCAACAAAGUGCAGCGCAAGCGAGGCGAAGGUAUGUGCUCCUUCAGCGGCAAAAAGGUUCGCGUGCGCGAGCGGCGGCUGCUCAAGGACUUCAGCAUCACGCUGAUGGACGCGUCCGACCCGGACCUGCUGUCGCACCACUCGAGCUGCGCCGACGUCAGCAGCAGGCACGAGGAAGAGACCGAGGCUCGGCCCAGCUACAGUCGGGUGCUGCAGCGCUGGAGGGACUUGGUCAAGGCGCUGCAGGUGUCGCCCAUUGGCACCAGCAAGAAUCUGGACGCACCUACUCGCACCUCGAUGCUCAGGGAGAAAUUGGAGCACCAGGUGAGCACCGAGAUUGAGCAGGACGACGACGCACCCUUGGCGACCGUGCACGAGGCUGGAGAGCCUGCUGUGAGAACGGAGCGUGUCAGCGAGACUCCGCUGCUGGACUCGAUGGUGCAAGGAGCUGCACCGGGAGAACAAGCCGCUCCGAAGAGCUGGUUGUAGUUGCGGGUCUAGCUUCGCCUGAAUGCUCUUAUGUAAUGCUCCUGCGUCAGAGGAGUCCGGCAGAAGAGGCGUUUCACGGCACGCGUUAAAAUCAAAGAAAUGCGCAACACCCAAGUUCGAUGCCGUUUCCGCUUUCAUCAACGCCUCUUCCAGUGACUCGGUACAUAAACACAGGACCAGUUGUUGAUCCAAAAGCGUAACAUGGCCCAAGUAAAGCCUCGCGUCAGUCGCCUGUAGCAGCUAAACGGCACCUAAGGUGCCAUUGCCAUGGGCUGCGACUCCACGGCACCAGCGCGCGUCGACGGAACGGGGCACAGCUGCUGCCCCGCGCCAGGUGUUGCGGGAGGGGAGAGGGCAUCGCCGUGACGUGACGUCACCCUCACUCUCGCAAGCCUGUGUUAUCCGCGCAAGCCUGUAUUCCUUGUCCGCGCAAGCUCUCGCCUCGGUCUAACUGCGUCUUGGUAAAGCAAAAUCAAAAGGCGCCAAGCCACUCAACGUGCUCGCUUCCCCGCGAGGAGCUCAUAAUCGCUCAGCGCCGUUCAAUUGGGCAUUAAUGCUCUAGCAUCUACAACUCAUAAGAAGUGCCGAGAUUUCCUCGGAUUUUCCGCAUAGCAAUUAUGUGGACGCCCCAAGCGAUUUUUUUUUUUUCCGCGACGACCCAAAAUCAACAAAUCGUUCCAGCCGGCCAUUUUUUGUUUUCCAACAAUUCAAGGAUCGGGACUGUACAAAACAAGGGCAUGCAAAACGUACCAUUCACGAACAGGCACACGCCAGCGAAACACCGUAUAAUAACCUUUUCAAUAACGUGACUCUUCUAGCUAAAAUAAACAUCAAAACUUCAGUAUAUCGAUAUGUACGCGCUUUUGGUUGAAAUACUCUCGGAAAUUGCGGCAUUUCAUAGUGUUGAAUUAGUUUCAGUGCCAUCUACAGCAACCGUUGCAUACUAUUUCGGGUUGCCAUAAAAAAAAUACAGAGCAAUGGGUCUGCAACAAUGUAUGCUGCAAGUAUUGCUUCUUCUUUAAAUGCAACAACUUCCAUUCGGCGAUUACCACUUAGGAAAUUGGGCGUCUGUACGUUGUACUGCGUCAAUAAAAGAUAUGGGACAUGCUAACAGAAAAUAUCUAGAUGCGGCACGUCAACCCUCGAGGCCAUGACUGCAAAAUCAGAACAGUGGUUCUCGGCCAGCUCGUUAGGCUAGUCUGUGGGC